AUGAGUGAGUCUGGAUCUGUUGAAAAAAAAAAAGAAGAAAUCACUAUUCACCACUCAGCUGGAUCUGAUCCAAACGUCUUACGUAUCUCCUCAAGAGACGCCGAUGUCACUUUGGCUUUUCUAGAGAAAUAUGAUGCUGAUGUUCCGGAGAUAACACCAGAAGAAGAGAAAAAGUUGUCUAGAAAAGUUGUUGCAAUCAUUUUAUUCUUGACUGCAUUCACUGAUUUGCUGCUUUAUGCUGAUAAGGCCACAUUGUCGUACUCUUCUAUCUUUGGAUUAUGGGAAGACACACAUUUAGACCAAAACAAAUACAACAACUCUUCGACAUUGUUCUAUGUUGGUUACAUUAUUGGUCAAAUUAAUCUUAUUUUGGUCCAAAAACUGCCUAUUGGUAGAUUGAUGACUUUCACAGCUUUUGCCUGGAGCAUGAUCAUUUUCCUACAUUGCGCAGCUUACAAUUACCAGGGUAUCUAUGCAUUGAGAUUUUUCUUAGGUUUUGUUGAAUCUAUUGCACUUCCAAUUUUGAAUACCACAAUGGGUCAGUUCUUAACUGCACAUGAAAAGGCAGCAACUGCUCCUAUGUUUUAUUCCACUUGUGUUGGUGUCACUAUUCCUGUCGGUUUCAUUGCUUAUGGUAUUUUACAUGCACAAUCAUCAGUUCCAACAUGGAAAUUGUUUAUGAUUAUUAUCGGUGGUUGUACUUUCCUCUGGACUAUUGUUUUACUCUUUAUUUAUCCAAACAAUCCCACCGAUGCAAAGUUUUUAUCGUUGAAGGAGAAAGUCUGGGUUAUCAGGAGAGUCCAAAAAACUACUGGUUCUUCGAUUGAGCAAAAAAUUAUCAAAAAAUACCAGGUUAGAGAGGCCCUAUUAGAUCCAAUUUCUUGGCUUUUUUUCCUUUUCUUCCUUUUGCAACAAUUAGCAAACAAUUUGCCGUAUCAGCAAAACCUACUUUUCGAAGGUAUUGGCCGUAUUAGUAACUUGGACUCCACUUUGGUUUCUGUUGCGUCAGGUGGGUUUGCGGCAGCUUGCUGUUUUGUUGCAACGACCUUCUUGUUUUACAAACCUAACUACACUGCUUUCUCUGUCUUUGUUUGGACAAUGCCAUCAUUAGCAGGUUCUAUUGCUGUUGCAUCACUUCCCUGGGACAAAAAAAUUGCCUUGCUUGCCAUGCUUUGUCUAGCGUCUCCGCUUUUCGGUAUUCCAUGGAUUCUAAUGUUUUCAUGGAAUACAACAUCCUGUUCUGGAUAUACAAAGAAGAUUACUAGGAAUGCAAUGGUGAUGGUUGCAUAUGCAGUAGCUAAUAUCAUCUCACCACAAAUUUGGAGAGCCAAAGAUGGUCCAAGAUACAUACCAGCAUGGAUAGUUCAAAUCGUCCUAUCAUUCUCUAUAGCUCCAUCUUUAGCCCUUAUUAUUUGGUUUAUCUUGAACAAAAGAAAUAAACAAAGAAAGCUAACUCUUCAGGAAGAAGGUGAAAAGAAAGGAUUUGUCAGUGAUGGAUCUGAUGGUGAAAUAGAAGUUGAUAUUGCAGUUUUAGAUCUCACCGAUUUGGAAAAUACCAAUUUUAUCUAUCCGCUUUAA